AUGCGCAGCGGCUUCGUUUGGCGGCGGCUGCUGUCCAAGCGACUCUCUCGCUUCCCUGAGACCAGACUCGCACGCCUGCUGAGGUGUCGGUCCAAAGAGUCCAUCCUCGAACUGUGCGACGACUACAACGACUCUGAGAACGAGUUCUACUUUGACCGCAAUCCGGCGCUCUUCCCUUAUGUUUUACACUUCUACAACACAGGGAGGCUACACGUCAUGGAUGAGCUCUGCAUCUUCUCCUUCAGUCAGGAGAUCGAGUACUGGGGCAUCGACGAGCUGUUCCUGGACUCGUGCUGCAGCGGCUCCUAUCACUGCCGCAGGAUGGAGCCCGAGGUGAGCGACUGGGAGGAGAGGAGCGAGGAGGCCAGCACCACCUCCUCCUUCCACGAGAUCCUGGACUUCUACAGCGACGCCGGCAAAUUUGACAAGCAGCUGCUCGGAAGCGUCCGGCGGAGGAUCUGGCUGAUGCUGGACAAUCCCGGCUACUCGAUCCCCAGCCGGCUCAUCAGCAUCUUCUCCAUUCUGGUGGUGCUGGGCUCCAUCGCCUCCAUGUGCAUGAACAGCAUGAGCGAGUUCACGCUGCUGGACGCUGAUGGAAAGCCCCGCGAGGACCCUCGCUUCGAGGCCGUGGAGCACUUCGGCAUCGGCUGGUUCACGCUGGCCAGAUUGGCCAGAUUCACUGUGGCUCCAGACCUUCUGCAUUUCUUCGAACACCCGCUGAACCUGAUGUCCAUCCUGUCCAUCCUGCCCUUUUACUUGACCCUGCUGAUGCACCUGAGACAGACACAGCUGGAGACCGUCAUGCGGAGCUGUGACUUCGAUGGGGGAGUAAAGGAGGCUCCAUCUGUGAAUCUGAGGAAUUAUUAUGCUCAUAAAGUCAAAACACUGAUGGCCAGUCUGUCCAACAUGAGCCGCAGUUCACCCAGCGAUCACAGUCUAAACAUGUCUCUGCAUUAG